CUUUAGGUAGCCAGUAUGAAAUGGGAGAAGUUAAAGCCUCCAGAGCCAGAUGAUCCUAUGUGUUGCUGUGAGUGUGAUCUCUACCAGUACGGAUGUUGCUGCGACUGUGCAGACCUGGAUGAAGCCUUUAACAGCUGGCUGAAAAACACACCAUCCAAAGGCGGAUCUCAGUCUCCUGUGCUCGGGGCCUUGAUCGACCACCUUCAGAUCUCCAUGAUCCCUGCCCUGGUGUUGCUGCCUCUCCUGCUGAGAGUUGCAGCGCUGCACUGCCUGCUGGGUAUCAUCAUCCUGACCGCCCUGCCCAGCCUGGUGCUGUGGUACUACUACGCCACACACAAGAAGAAGAGACGCACCCUCUUCUUCCUCACCCUGGCACUCUACUCCCUGGCCUACAUGUAUUACCUUUUCAUCACAGAGAUUUUACCCCGUGGGGAUGUCAGUCAGUUGCAGCUGUGCACUGUGACAAGUGGGAUGAUUUUCACCAUCAUUUCUCUGAUCAACACCAAGAGGAGUCCAGGAUUUGUGACCAGCUCCUUGUAUGAGGCGCACACUCUGAAACAGGAGGCGAACAAGGACACCACACACACUAAUGGAUCAGUCCAGUCAGCUGCCUCAUCCUCAGCAACAUCAACAACUAAAGAUUCACUGAAAGCAAAAUGGAGCCGGUGUUCUGUGUGUAAAAUCAUACGACCCCCACGGGCGGGGCACUGUCGGACCUGUGGAUCCUGUGUCCAACGCCUAGACCACCACUGUAUUUGGAUUAACAGCUGUGUUGGACAAGCCAACCACCGCAGUUUCCUGUUGACGCUCUUUGUGUUCUUGUUGACUUCUCUGUAUGGGAUCAGUUUGGUGCUCGGCAGCAUCUGUCCUCGUCAGUAUCUGGUCACAGCUCUCUUCUACUGCCCUGGCGUCUACAGCCAGUCAAGCACAGCACUUUGCUUCACCUGUGCCUGGUACAGCAGUAUCGUCACAGGUGGACUGCUCUACCUGUUGGUCGUACAAGUUCUGAACAUCAGCUUCAAUGUGACAGAGCGAGAGGCUCAGUUGGCUCUGAGGAACAAAACAGGCCAGAGUCGCCUGUGGGGACUCGUCGUCGACACCGGAGAGUAUUCUCGUGGCUUCUGUCAGAACUGGGUUGACUUCCUCACCAUGGCAGAUGUUUCAAUGGCAGGAAAAUGGUACCUGAUUGGAUUUGCCACCAACGCUGAGUGGUUUGUCAACCGCAAAGCCAGCAUGAAGAUGGGCACAGCCGUGUUUACUCCAACCGCUGAUGGGGACAUGGACAUGUCUUACGCCAGUCUGAACUCUGAUGGCUCCUGUUGGAGAAUGAACAACCUGGGCCGGAAGACGGAUGUGGCUGGAAAGUUCACAUACACCAGUGAACGUUGGGGGAAUGAGAACGACAUGCGAAUGGUCGAUGUGAAGUAUGACGAGUACGCCCUGACUCACACCAUCAAGACCAAGCCAGGAAGCACCACCAUCGUCAACAAACUAUACGGCCGUACGGAGGACCUCGGCACUGACCUGAAGGAGAAGUUCAGGCAGUUUUCCCUGGAGACUGGCAUCCUGCCUGAGAAUAUCGCUUUCCUUCCCAAAAAUGGCGAGUGUCCAGCUGCAUAAUCUCCUGUCCUCAUUGUGUCAACUUCACACUAAAAAUCUGCAGCGCUUCCUGAGAAUAUUCUCAAUGUUACUUCAGUUCAUUUGCUUUUCCUAUUGUGCCAAGAAUGAACACAUUGGAUGAUGAUGCUGAUAAUAAUGGUGAUGAUGAUGAUGCAAGCCAAUUAAAGAAACAGUUAAAAUACUUUGCUUUUAUUACCUUUUUAACAAAUACGCUGAAGUACAUCCAUAACAACACAGUUCAGAUUUUCCUUUUUAUCAAGUGUUUACAUCUACACGCUUUGUACAGAUUUGUAUACAAAACAAUAAUUUACGUCCCAUAGAAGUCUAGUUACACAUAACUAUACAACAACUUGUAAAUGAAAUAAAUAUAAAAAA